ACACUCCAGCUAUGACGUCCUAAAUAUCCUGCCGAAGUCAACUUCCACUCCAGCGUGAACAAUUGCAACCAAUGGAGAUUCCAAUCUUUACGGUUGAUGCAUUUACAAAAGUACCUUUCAAGGGUAAUCCUGCAGCAGUUUGUCUUUUAGAAAAUGAGCUGCAAGAUGAUAUUAAACAGAGCAUUGCUGCAGAGAUGAAUUUAUCAGAGACGGCUUUUAUCACAAAACACAUUUCAGUUGACUUUUCCUCAGGUUCAAGGUUUGGAUUACGCUGGUUUACCCCAAAAAGUGAGAUUGCGCUAUGUGGACAUGCAACACUGGCCUCAUCAGCAGUGCUCUUUUACCUUAAAAAAAACAUCAACCCUGUUUUGGUGUUUGAGACUAUGAGUGGGGAGCUUUAUGUGCGUCAGCAUGAAGACUCAAUAAUAAUGGACUUCCCUUUAAACAAACCACAGCCGCAGGACCCACAUGAAAACAUGGAUAUUUUGAAGGCUGCUGUUGGAGAUUUACCCAUUGAGGACGUGUGUUACAGUCCAGCCAUGAGGAUACUGAUGGUUCGUCUGGCUGACACAUGUGACAGGUCUGAACUUAUAACUUUGAGUCCCAUAGCAGAAGCUUUACUUAAAAGCGAUUCCACUGGAAAAACAAAAGGUGUCCUUGUAACAAUAAAAGGAACUUCAAAUGCACAGCCUGGAUAUGACUUCUACUCCCGUUUAUUUGCUCCAUGGUUUGGAAUCUUUGAGGAUCCAGUUUGUGGGUCUGCACAUACACUUCUUGCUGCCUACUGGUCUGAAAAGCUGAAUAAAAAGAAAUUGUUGGCUUACCAGUGCUCCAGUCGUGGAGGGGAACUGGAGCUGGAAGUGAGAGAUGAUGGUCGAGUAAACAUCAUUAUUCUUCAGGGAACUCUUAAAGUCUAGUCAAGUCAUGCAAAUCUACUCAUUGAAUCUGUUUAUUGUUGUAAGGAUGGCUAAAUCUCUUCAUAAUAUCAGUGCUGUUAUGUAAUUCCAUACAGUAAGACCACAAAUAUUGUAAUACAAAAAAAAAAAAAAAACAUU